CGGCAUGAUAUGUUCUGAACUGAAAACGUGUGAUAGUUGAAUCAGGCAAUAUUGUAGGAACCAUUAAUUAGUAAUGAAGAUGAAACUGUUGACUUUGUUGUUUGUUUUCUCUGUUCUUUAUACCAAUAAGGUGCAUACAGCACCAAAAUCGGGCCCAUAUGACCUAAUAGUGAGUCGUUGUGAGGCAUGUGAUGACAUGGGAACUGAUGAAAUUCACUUCGGCACCAAAAUGAGUAGAAAAGACAACAAAUUAAAGACCUACACUAACGAUGUUGUGUUUCUUGUACCUUGGGACGAUACUGUAAAGCUUGACUUGGAGGGGCAGUUCUUAAGGAAUGGCGCAUAUGUUCCCAAGUAUAUGACACAAAGUUUUAAAACCUGUGAAAGGGCAAGGAAAACGUUGAAACAUCUGACUGAAGGGUUCUUCGGAGCAGCUGGUUACAACUUCACAUCAUGUCCGCUACCAGCUGGGACAUACCAAGUGAAGGACUGGGUGGUUGAUCUAAAACUGGAUGACGUGCCAUCUAUAAUUUAUGGCUCUUACAAAAUUCUGGUUACUUUUUCUAAGAAAGGCAAAAGGUUAGGUUGCCUCGCAGUCUACUUAGAUGUGGUGCCUAAAGAAACAGUAUAAGGUUAAGGUUUCAUUUUUGUUUCCUUGUAUUGAUUUUAUUUAAUAGCAUGUUGUACUUUCAAUAA